UUAGUGCAGCGGUCGCUACAGAAAAGUGACCACGGCUGAAGGGUGUGCGUGAGCUGUGACGCGCGCCGUUAUGUGACUGUUUAAUAUCAUCCUGAAUCAAUUUAAUAGAAAUAAUAAAACAUCCGAGCGCAGACGCAGGAGAGAAUAGUUCUGCGCGUUUUACACUCGGGAUUGGCGCACAGCGGGUCCAUGAGGACCCGGACGGGGUUUCUACUCUCAGCACCAGACGGAGGCAACAGGGAGUGAUUCACCCCCAUCCCCUCUACCGCCGCCCCGCCUGCCUGCAGUCUCCAUGCCGGGCAUCAGCUCCGCCGCGCCUCGUCAUGAAAACUGGGACAUUAUGGACCACCUCGACCACUACCAGCAUUAUUUCUACGACGACCACGACCUGGAUGAGGAUUUCUUCAAGUCUACUGCGCCCAGCGAGGACAUAUGGAAGAAAUUCGAGCUGGUCCCGACCCCGCCCAUGUCCCCCAUCCGGGCGGUGGAGGGCUCGGCCAAGGUCGGACUCCUGUGUCCCACUCUCGGAGACAAGCUGGAGUGGGUGUCCCAGUUCCUGGGUCAGGAGGACGAGCAGCAGCAUCCGCAGGAGGUGCCGUGUAAGCUGGCCACCGGCAGCGACUCCUUCGGUAACCUGAGCUCCAUCAUCAUCCAGGACUGCAUGUGGAGUUGCUUCUCCGCCGGACAGCAGCUGGAGCGGGUCGUAGGGGAGCGCUGCGCGCCAUGUCCCGGGACCGGAGCGGCCGCUAAAGUCACCGCCGCGACCGGAUUCACGUCCCCGGGAAGGUCGCAGGGGGUCCCGGCUGACUCGGGCUUGGCUACGGACUGCGUGGACCCGGCUGCGGUGCUCACUUUCCCAUUACCAGGUGGAUGCAAGAAGCAAGUGUCCUCCGGUUCCGAGUCCCACACAGACUCCUCAGAUGAUGACGAACAAGACGAUGAUGAAGAGGAGAUUGAUGUGGUGACGGUGGAACACAAGCAGCACCGUAAACCCCGUCGGCUGGUCGGUGCUCGUAAACCAGUGACUAUAACUGUGCGAGCUGACCCCCACGACCCCGGCAUGAAGCGGUUCCACAUCUCCAUUCAUCAACAGCAGCACAACUACGCUGCUCCCUCCCCGGACACUCUUCGUGGAGUUUCCGAGCCGCCCCGGAAGAAAUUUCGGCAGGAGGUUUCAGCUCCCUCCCCCCAGCCUCACCAGAACUCCCAUCACAACCAACCACACUCUGGCCACGCCCCUCUGAACUUAGACAGCAGAAGGUCCCACAUCACAGUGGUCGGAGUCGGGUCAGAGUCCCCAAACCACGGCAUGUCUUCACCCACGUCCUCCUCCUCACCUUCGUCUCCACCCUGCUCCUCUUUCUCCUCUCACCCACCUCACAGCUCUCCCUCUAAGCCCCUCUCCCACCUGUCGAGCCCUCAGUCGUCGGACUGCGAGGACACGGACAAACGCAAGGCGCACAACUUUCUGGAGCGCAAGCGACGGAACGACCUGCGCUCACGCUUCCUGUCGCUGCGGGACGAGAUCCCGGGCUUAGCGGACUGCCCCAAGACUCCUAAGGUGGCCAUUCUGACUCGCGCCACCGAGUACCUGCAGCAGCUACACGCCAGCAGGCGGCAGAAGGCUCAGGAGAGGAAACAGCUGAAAGCCAAACAGCUGCAGCUGCUGCAGAGGCUGGCGCAGCUCAAACGGUCCUGAGCGACUCGAUCGGCUGUCUCCCAACAGCUGAGCGGGACUAGAUGAAGGAGGAAGGACGAUAUACUUUGAGUUGGUCAUGCUGGAAUAAUUCACGUGGAUUAUUAAUAUCCUUUUUUUAUUUGCUACUUUUGUGAUUUGCACAUCAGCUUCUGAGUGAUUGACGAGCUGUCUUGAUGGGGACGAGUUGGGGACCGGAUGAAAUUGCAUCUCCUAAAACGUUCAUGAUGGUAAAGGCUUGUAAACUGUUGGAUUCCCCCUUUUUAAAGCCAUGUUAAAUUAUUUACUUACAGCAGGAUGACACUAAAGCUCACUUUGAGUUGAACACAUAACGGUUACUUGAAAAUCUGCUAGAAGUUUGCUAACAACUGCUGCUCUGCUCAGGCCUGUCCUUUAGCUCGGCUUGCACAGCCGCGAGGUUUCUUUCACCACCUUCCUUCCCCCGACAAACCUAAUCCUACGAGUGCUUGGCAUAAAACACUCGCUUUAGCUUUCUCUAUUCCCUCUCUGAACAUCGAACCUCCCGUUUUCUUUUUCUUACCAGAAGUUGUUUCCCUUACAUGAGCCUGACGUAUGCAGCGAUGACGUUAUAACUAACAUAAAAAGCAUGUCUGGAGAAGAUGAGGCGAAGUUUUCUGUGCCUGCGUCAAAAUAACUUUUGCAGGCAUUGAAAUGAAUGUUUUCUUGCAAAUUUUCAGCAAAAAUGGUAUAAUAACUAAAAGUAUCCUUUAUUCUUGUGCCAUGGAGACCAGCCAAAACACGAAUGUUAAAAAUGCCUUUAUUUACUUGUUUUUCAGCUUGUUUGAAUUUAAUGGAAUGCCUUCAGUCAGCUAUGGAUGUUCUGUACAUUUAUUUUUCCCUUUUAUAACUUGGGCUCUUGUUGUAUUUUUCCAGGGCCCUGGUCUUACAACAGGCUUACAGGCUUUUCAAAGAUGAAUGAAAGCUUAUGUUUUUGUUAAAAAAGCUUUUAAACAAAAAAAAAAAAGGUUGAAAUAAACCACUUUGAACAUGUUUUUUUAUUCUUUUGUUUUUCUUUCUAUCUGCAAAGUCCUGUUUUCUUUGUUAUUCUGUCUCUGGUGUUGAUUUGUACAAGUCAGAGGAGGACAAAGUUUUCUACUAUAUUUUCCUACAGAGUUGUGUUUCUGUGUGACAAUUACAGUUUUUGUUUUGUAAUAGUAGCAAGCGGGGCUUUUCUGGUGGUUGUGCGCUGAAACUUUGGUUUUCGUUCUUUCAGGAGCAGAGUUCAACGCUCCCACCUCCAGUACCUCAACCAGCUGUAGCAAUCCGACUUGUGGGGGAUACUCGUGAAACCUCCGUGUUUGGGACCCCAAAUGGUCUUUUUAUUCCGCAAGCAGGUGCCCCGGUUUUCCCAGAGGAAACGCCUGUAGCCCUGGAUCCAGUACUGUAAACACCUAGUACGCCCUGUUUUAUCAGCACUCAGGAAAAGUCUGGAAGCUCCUGCUCCUCUUGUGUUCAGACUCCGUUAUGAUUGUCCAGCUCAAAACUUCACAAACCACCAGUUAGCACGCCCAAUGUUUGUUUCUUAUAAAUAUUUAUUUUGUUUGUCAGUCACUGGUCUGUGCUGCGGCAGUCAUGUUAGCAGUGGAUGUUGCUUUAUUUGCUUGAUGGUGAUUUUGGAGCCUUGUCUCAGCACUUUUUGGUCUCUGUACCUCAUGAGCCUUUAUGUAUGAAGAGUAAAGUCAAAAUGAAUAAAUUCAGUGGUCUGAUGUCGUGA